AUGUCGAUGUCAGGCGAGGCUACGAGCACCGGUGUGAAUCACGACAACCUCCGCCAUGUAGUCAUCACGUCGACUUGUUUUGCAUUCAUUCUGUCUACUACGGCCGUGGUGUUUCGAAUCCUCUCUCGAAAGAUCAAUGGAAGUGGGCUCUUUGUCGACGACUGGUUGAUGAUUUCUGCAUUGAUCUGGGAAUGGGGGAUUUCAAUCGCGGGCAUUGUUCUUCUUUACAAUGGACUUGGAACCCACAUCGAGUACGUGAAGCCUGAACAGCUUGUCGUGUAUCUCAAGACUCUUUUCACAGGCUCUAUCCUAUACACCCUGUGUGUCGCGUCCAUCAAACUCUCCAUUUUGAUGCUCUAUAAGCGACUCUUCCCAGUCAGACCCAUGAAAGCUGCUGUUCAGGUUGUCUCUUUAAUCAUUAUUCUCUGGGCCGCCUGUGGAAUCCUGGCCGGCUGCUUCACGUGUAUUCCGACAGAGAAGCUCUGGAAUCCAAUGAUCCCCGGCGGCUGUAUGGAUCUGGGCAAGUUUUAUUACGGAUUGCAGAUUCCCAACAUUGUCACCGACGCUGUCAUCUUAGUGAUGCCAAUGCAUAUCGUCUGGGGGUUACCCAUCUCGAAGGCACAAAAGACCGGCUUGUCGAUCAUUUUCAUUCUCGGGCUCUUGUCAGUAAACGCCCUUUUUUCCAGUCGGCUUCAACAUAUCCUCCAAGUCGAGAUUGAAGAUGUCCUUUUGCUAAUGUCACCCACAAACCUCAGAACACUGAUUUUUGACAUUAUUCGCCUGGUCUCUCUCGUCGAUCUCUCCAAGGCGGGCAAUGAUAUUACCUACACCCAAGUGAACCCGAGCGUGUGGACAUGUAUCGAGCCCGCCGUCGGAAUAGUCGCCGCCUGCCUCUCCAACAUGCGACCUUUGUUCAAACUCGUCCAUCGCAAAGUAUGGCAGCGAUAUGUCGGGUCUACAGCAAACACCAGUCAACAAGACAUUGUGGGUGCGGACGGUGAAAAGCGCUGGACCCGGGACUUGAGCACCACCAACGCCACAAGUCCAAGCUGCCAAUCGCAAAGUCCUCGUAUGGAUAGCCCGGUUUAG